GGGUUAUUUAACCCAUCGCUCAUUCGGCAAAAUCUUACGGGCUAAUAAUAUACGAGGAGUAUCGAAUGAUGCAUGAACGAUCAUGAUGGAAUUAGAGAAAGCACAAACACUAAAAGUAACAAAUAAAAAUGCGGCCAUCGAUAUUUUAUACAAUAUAGUGAAGAGAAAUGUUGAUACAAACAGCGAAAAUGAUAUCAAGACUAAAGAACAGGCCAUUCUUGAUCUCGGAGAGCUCCUGGCAGCAACAGGACAAGCUGAAGAACUGGCAGGCUUGAUUAAGUUCACCCGUCCAUUCCUUGGAUCUGUCAGCAAAGCAAAGGCAGCCAAGCUAGUGAGAGGCCUGGUAGACAUGUUCUUGGACAUGGAAGCCUCAACUGGGAAAGAGGUUCAGCUUUGUCAGGAAUGUAUUAACUGGGCAAAAGAUGAGAAAAGAACAUUUCUAAGACAGGCUUUGGAGGCGAGACUUGUAGCACUGUACCAUGGAACACUGCAGUAUACAGAGGCCCUACAAUUAGCAUCAUCACUGUUGAGAGAACUAAAGAAACUAGACGAUAAAGCUUUGUUGGUGGAAGUUCAGUUACUCGAAAGUCGAAUCUACCACUCGCUGUCUAAUCUACCUAAAGCCAGGGCGGCAUUAACUUCAGGUAGAACUACAGCUAAUGGAAUUUAUUGUCCCCCUAAAUUACAGGCAGCAUUAGACAUGCAAUCAGGCAUCCUACAUGCUGCUGACGAGAGAGAUUUCAAGACAGCCUACUCUUAUUUCUAUGAGGCUUUCGAGGGCUAUGACUCAAUAGACAGUCCAAAGGCUUUGACAGGCCUCAAAUACAUGCUAAUGUGCAAAAUCAUGCUAAACCUGGCAGAUGAGGUACAGACCAUUCUGAGUGGUAAACUAGCCCUGAAGUACCAGGGUCCAGAAGUAGAGGCCAUGAAAAGCAUAGCACAGGCCAGUCACAAACGAUCUCUGGCUGAAUUUCAAAAGACACUGGUACAAUACAAGACACAGCUAGCAGAUGACCCCAUUGUUAACGCCCACUUGAAGACUUUGUAUGACAACCUACUAGAACAGAACCUUUGUAGAAUCAUUGAGCCCUUCUCCAGAGUUCAGGUCCAGCAUGUUGCCAACUUGAUCAAACUGCCCAUUGACACAGUAGAGAAGAAAUUAUCACAGAUGAUAUUGGACAAAAAAUUUCAUGGUAUCCUUGACCAAGGGGCCGGCGUGCUGGUCGUGUUUGACGAGACACCUGUAGACAAGACGUACGGAAACUCCCUGGAGACCAUACAGAACAUGGGCAAGGUGGUAGAUGCAUUGUACCACAAAGCCAAGAAACUCACAUAGUGCUGGAUACCAGUCAACACCGCCACGACAGACUGGUCCGAUGUCAUGAUAUGAAAUGACCAAAGUCAAAACAAAUGCGUUUCAUUUAUUGAAUUUUCAGUCAUAACAUCUCAAAAUUCUGAGACUUAUUAAGUUAACUUACAAGUAAAAGUGAUUUAUUAGACAGGGAUGUUGUAAGUUGUAGAUUAACGAACAUCAUUUACUUUUUUCACCAUGUUUAUGUGGAAUAAAGCUUAAAAAUAUG